AGAAUGAAUGCAUGACAGGAAUUCACUUCGUUUUCAUGGUGACUUUCUGUUUACAAUCAGCCUUCUAGCUGUUUUUAGUAGCCAGUUGUUGUUUUAUGAGCGUAACAUUUACUGUCCAUGAUUAUAAGCAAUACCGAGGACUUUAUUGCGAGGUUGAGUCCAGAUGUCAUCGGACUUCACUCCCCGAAUGACACAUUACCAACACAAACACCUGAAACUCCUUGUGCCGAUCGGCUGCUGAGAUUCAACAGUCUGACACUGGAUGAGCUGAGUGAGGAGCUUGAGAGACGCACCAAGGAGACAAAGCGACUACAAGAAGAGGUGGAAUGUGCAACCAGGGUCGCCUUCCAGAGGCUCAGGGGCGCUUGCAGCAACGGAUCACCUGGAGAAAGCUGGCACAACUACCGUUUCACUGUUAGGUUGAAGGAUUCGAGGAAACACGUUGAUCAGAUGGAAAAGAUGCUGUGCUUGUUACAAGAGGUUCAGAACAUCAAAAUGUCUUCGGACCAGAAACUGCAGGAGACCGAGGAUGAGGCAUUGGAUCUUCACGGGAAAGUAGAAACACUGGAACGGACUAUGAGGGAGGUGUGCCAUGCGCUGCCAGAGAAACAAUGUGGGCACAGCUCCAUCUGCAAUAAAGAUCCAAAUAAGCAAACGCUGCGGUCUCUGGCUUAUGUGAAUGAAGUUCUCCGCCGUGACACUGAAAAGCUUCAGGAGAAAGGGUUUUCAUCAAAAAGAAAACCGAGGAGUGAAGAAUAUAAUGGAAUCAAUAAGCAAGAAAGUAUGGAAGAGCUGAUUACAAGUCUCGGCCAGGAGAUGGCGCUGUUGACUAACGAACUGAGCUCAUCAAAAGACCACAGCAUCAGAUUGUGUGACAAGUUGGAGCUGCUUAAAAAACUGGCAGAGAGACGGGCAUCAGUGCACCGGUGUCAGAUCAGUGAACUUGAGUCAACCCUCUCCAGCUACAGAGAUAAGGUUUGUGGUUUGGAGCAGCAGCUCCGUGAAGCUCGGCUGCUGAAGGUGUGCAACACCCAGAAAGAGAGAGCACAAUCACAACAACAUGCAAAGGAGCUUCAGUCACAGCUGGGACAACUGGAGAGGUGCUGUGAACAACAGCAGUUUGAGCUCCAGGGGAAUGCAGAGGUCCUGAGAAGGCAGCUGGACAUAGUCAGAGAGCAGCUUUGCAAAGCUGAAGUGGAGAAAGUCUGCCUGCAGGCUCGACUGGAGCACAAGGCACGGGAGGGGAGCAAAUCCCUGGAGCUGCUGCAAGAAAAGGAUGAGGAACUUCAAAUCAGUCAAGACCAAAUUCAGAAGCAUCUCACCAGGUUAGAGGAGGCUCAUAGUCAGUGCCAGAGUUUGCAGACUGAACGAGAAACUCUGAGGCUGAAGCUGAAUGACAGAGAGAAGAUGAUAGAGACUCUGAGGCUGCAGAUGGAGAGCAGCGUGACACUUGACAGCCUUCAACAAGAAAACAGCCUGCUCAUCAUCCAGCUAAACCAAAACAAGCUGGAGAUUCAGCAGCUCAAGGCCGACUUGGUCCAGCACAAGUCAGACUUGGCCGCCGUUGAACGUGAGAAAGGACAUUUGCAGACCUCUGGAACUGAGCAGAGUCGGCAAAUCCAAGAAGAAACUCUGAAGAAGCAGAAAGUUACAAGGCAGCUGGAGCUGCAGCGAAUGCAGCUGCUCACACUUACCAAGGAGCACAAGGAGCUGCAACAGCUCCACAGCUGCAGGAACGAUGAGCAUGAGGGUGUGGUGCUGAAGCUGCAGGAGCAGCUAAGGAGCGCCCAGGAGGAGCUGGAAAAGAUCAGGCGCGCCACCAGGACCCUCAGAGGAGUGGAUGGACACGGCUUCCAAAUGGCCGUGGAAAUGCAGAAGGAGAUCACUGCCCGAAGAGAACAGGUGGACUCUCUGCAGAGCAGAAUUAAACAUCUGGAAGAGAGAACGGAGAAGCUACAACAGGAGAAGCGCCAGCAGAACCUGGAGACCCAACGGCAGCUCCAGGAGUUUGCACUCAUCAGGGAGGAGAAGAGACAACUUACUAGUGAGUUGAAAGUCCUCCGUUCCAAGGACCAGCAGCUGAGGGAGCGAAUCAGUGAGCUGGAGGCCAUCCUUCAUAAGAUGUCAGAAAGGUUUGCAGGCUGUCAGGACUUCAUUCAGACGAGGGAGCAGGAGUAUUUUCGUCUCAAACUCCAACAUGCUCUGGACUUGAAGGAGCUCAAAGGUCAGCCUGUGUGCGCGGCUCUGCCUGCGGCUCCACCUGAUGUGGACUCGUGGAUCCCGUCUGCGAAAGACGCUGCUCCACCCUCUUCCCGGCGCGGCUCCAACACCCACAUCAAGUGGAAGAAGCAGAGGGAGAGAUCCGCCGGCGAGCUGACGUCCCUCGUGGCAGAGCUGCGAGGAGUGCUGUCAGAGAGACCACACACCGACCAGAGCCCCCCCGGCAGCCGUUCCCACAGGAGGAGGUCUGCUCCGGAGAGAGAGCGCACCACCACCCCCAGUGCUCACACCGAUGAAGACGUACUAGCUGCCUCCAGAUUGAGGAGAAGGACAUGUGGCAGCUCGCCGCGGUUUCUGAAGACGGCUGAGGCGAACCGGAAAACCACCGGCGCUGAGAGCCUCGGUAUAUGGAGCUUGGCGACGGCGGUGCAGCACCCCUACAGCUUCCUACAGCUACCAGGUCGCAAGUCCCCCGUCCACGCCCUCCUGACCUCUGACCCUGACUCCUGACACCAUGACGCCACAGUCCUGAGCCCGGUCCUGUAAUUCACAGCUGUUUCCACAGAUCGAGUGGAUUUCUCUUCAAUAUUCUGUUCCGGGCCAGUGUCCACUUCAAAGGCUGAAGAAAACAUAUCGUGACUCUCAUCUUCAAGGAAAAGCUGGAUAAAUCAUUUCCAUCAAAAUCUCUUCUUAUUUAUUGGUCAAUAAAAGCUUUACAACGCUAUCAAGUGU